CACCCGUCAUUGGGCCGCGGCGGCAGCAUCAGGAUCAGCGCCUGCACCGGCGUCCGAGUCAGCGCCUCGUCGCCGUCGAGCGCCUCGGGUUCACAUGCAAGAGCAGAUGCAGGACGCGGCAUGCAGGCGCCAAAGAACGAUGCGGCGCGUCUAUCGUUGGCCCGUGGGCUUGCGGCGCUGGCGCGUCGCCAGAGCGGCAGCGUCAGCGCUCAGGGUGCAGCGGCAGCAUGCGUCUAGCGCACACACGCGGCCGGGCAUAUGCUGCGUGCGCCUACCCCCCUGCACGACCGCUUCCGUCGGGAGGGGUCGACUAGGCUGCAUGCCGACCAGGCGACGAGGCCGACGAGGCUGCGCUGCGCAUCUGCUAACAAGAGAGAACGAGGCGAAGAGGUGCCAGGCGCCCUGCGGACUGCGGCUCGCAUUUGCCGGGGAGGCGCCAUUCCUGCGGCGAGCAGACGCUUCAUGCAUCAGGCGCCGGGUCCUUGGAUGCGCGUCGAGAAGCACAGCUCAAGCUCCUUUCGCGUCGGCGACAAAGCGGGAGGAAAACGAAAAGAAGGGCCCCUGCGCUGGCAACGAGGACCUUGUCGCCCUCUGCGCUGCUUCGAUACGGUCCUUAGCGCAGCCUCGGCCGGCGCUAUGCAGUGCUUAGGCACGCACGCAUGCAGUCGCAGAAUGCAGGAGCUUUUCCGGGGUUGGCCAGGGGGGAUGGGAACGCGACAGCACACCAAGGAGACCAAGUCGCCGGCCGCAGCCACGAACGCUCUUGUUCCCGUCGAGCACGCAUGGCAGAAGCCCCGGGACUGCGUGCCAUGGACUAAGGCUAGCUAUGCAUGCACCUUGCUCCGCAUUGAUGCAGCCGAUGGAGGAAGGCGGUUUGCUGCGAAACGCGCAACAACGAAGAGCAGACGCGCGUCGAGGCGGCCGCGUCGUCGGCAAUCUCUCCCCGCUGGGAGCCCGAAAGGCCUGGCACGCCGUAGAUCAAGAGUCAGGAUGAAAGUCGGGCCGCGAGCGAUGGCCGUCUGCGCGUGUCGAGCAAGAACGGGGGGUGGCUGCCGCGACUGCCGCCGCUGCUUCUCGCACGGCUCGGGGGAGCUUUUGCUUUCGUGCCGCGGCAGAGGUCCAACACUCCUCAUCGGUGCGCAUGCACGCCGCGGGCUGCUGGGCCGAACAAGAAGCAGGUGCAGGAAGGUACCAAGCCUGCGCCACGCUGGCGGAGCUGCGGCUGCGUUUUCAGCGGCGACCCGCGUCAGAUUCAAAGCCAGCGGCGGCUGCGUCGACGGCGGCGCGGGCACGCGACGGGACGAUGGACGCAGAGACGCAGCAGCUCGCACACCUGCCAUGCCGCCGCCCGCGCAACGCCCAGCCUUUUCGGGGCGGAGGCGGCCGUGCGGCCCAUCCCGCUGCAUCGCUGCGGCGUCUGAGUUGCUCGAUGUCGUCCGUGCCUUUCAUGCUGCGUGUGAGCCGGACCAAGCUCGGCGGCCUGUGCGGCGCGGCAGGCCAGACGAGCACGUCACGGCGGACGUCUGCGGCAUUCGACGUGCCGCCUGCUCGUCGCGGCGAGGAGUGCGGCCCCGUGAGGCGGCGCUGCUGCGGUGCGCCUGCGGAGUGCGGCACCGAGUGCGGCGGCCGUUCCCGCGGCCUGUGCUGGGGUGCCUCAAGGACUCGCUGCGUCGCCUCUCAUGCGGCUGUGGAAAUGCCGCUGCACGCCAGCGGGUGGGCAGCCGAGCGGUGCUUCUAUGGGCCUGCGCAGCCGUCGGGGCGACGGCCCUGGCACGGCACGAGCAGGUGCAGCGGCAGCGCACCUCUGUCUGCGUGUGCGCCUUCUCUUGAUCCAGCACGCUGCAGCUGCCAUCCUGCCACGCAGAUGCUGAUGCGCGCGGCGGGCUCACAUGCUUCGGCGCGCCGGGGAGAGAGGGCCAACGAAGCGCCGUCAGCUCCAACGCAGGCGUGGCGGUGCAGCGCCGGCACCGGAGGGGGCCGCGGCAACGCAGGCAUGCGAAGUGCAGCUUGGUGGCACCCCUCGUCACCACACCGUC